UCAAUCAAAUAGUUCAUUAAAUAAUCUCAAUUAUGUUAAAAACCUACUUUUGCGAACUAGUCCUAGGUUUUUCGCUCAAUCUCAAUCAAACCACUGCAGCGCAAUUCUCUGGACACUCUAGAUCAAUAAUUAUCAAAAAAAUGUUGAAUUUUGUCCUUUGGUUACCUAUAACGGGGAAAUUUAGAAAAGGGGCGUAGCCAAAUAUACCCCAAAUCCUAUAAAACCUAAACGAAAACUCAAAACUUUACCAAACUUGGUGAUAACAUGUGUCAGGUGACACUUAACAAUCAUGCUAAGUUUCAUAGAGUUCGGACCAUAGGUGGCGCUAUAACAGUUUAAAAGACCUCAAAAACACACUAUUUGAAUAGAAAAUGAUCUCAAAUUUUAGAAAUUGUUUAUAUAUACACAUAUACACUAGAUCUUCAUAUCAUAUGAUAGAUCUCAUAAAUAACAACUUUGCCUCAAGAACCAUUGCUGUCAAUCAAAUCGUUCAUUAAUUAUUCAGAAAUAUGUUAAAAACCUACUUUUGCGAACUAGUCCCUGGUUUUCGCCCGAUCGGAACCAAACCACUGCAGUAAUAUUCUCUGGACUCUCUAGAUCAAUAAUUAUCGAAAAAAUUUUGAAUUUUGUCCUUGUUAGCUUUAACAAGGACAUUUAGUAAAGGGGCCUGGCCAAGUAUACCCCAAAGCCUAUAAAACUUAAACGAAAACUCAAAACUUUACGAAACUUGUUGAAAACAUGUGUCACAUGACUCUUAACAACCAUGCAAAGUUUCAUGGAGAUUGGACCAUAGAUGGCGCUAUAACAGUUAAAAAGGCCUCAAAAACACAAGAUUUCUAUGUAAAAUGACCUCAAACUGUAGAAGAUGAUCAUAUAUUCACACAAAUACUAGAUCUUCAUAUCAUGUGAUAGAUCUCCUCAUUCUAAACAACUUUGCCUCUUGGACUAAUGCUGUAAAUCAAAUCGUUCAUUAAUUAUUCACAAUUAUGUUAAAAACCUACUUUUGUGAACUAGUCCCUGGUUUCUCGCUCGAUCUCGAUCAAACCACUAUAGUAAUGUUCUCUGGAGUCUCUAGAUCAAUAAUUAUUAAAAAAAUAUUGAAUGUUGUCACUUGGUUAGCUGUAACGGGGUUAUUAAUAAAAGGGUGUAGCCAAAUAUACCCAGAAUACCCAGAAAACACAGUGUUGUAUGAGAAAUUGCUAUUUAUAACCACUAGAUGGCAGCGGAAGACCACUAAUGGGCUUAUUAAGCUCUCAAACAGAACUGUUUAUAGCUUUUCUCAUGGAGUUAUCAUAAAAUCACUGUUAUAACAUUUAAAAUCACAUUUAAUUCAAGUUUACCAUUUUGUCAUGUCAGUUUUUACAAUUUUGCCAUAUUAUGAUCAGAGAAAUAUAGACUCGCAAAAAGACUUGCAAAAACUGUUGUCAUCUAUCAUUUAUUUCAGAUAUCUAUAUCUGCAACAAAAUGUGUGUGUGCAUGCAUGUCUUUGUAUGUGUGAAAUAUAGACACUUCAUUUAUAAACCAAUAUAUACCUAUCAUCAAACAUAGACCUAUUAUUUAUUUUAAAUAUCUAUAUCUGCAACAAAAUGUGUGUGCAUGUAUGUCUUUGUAUGUGUGUGUCUGUUUCUGUAAGCAUGCUUAUUGAGGAUUAAUGUAACAGUUUAACCUUUUCAUGUUUGCGAGUAUGUGUUAUUUGGCAAAAAAUACCACUAUAAUAGUUAUAAAGGUUCAAAACACAUUGUAUGAGAAAUGGCUAUUUAUAACCACUAGAUGGCAGCGUAAGACUACAAAUGGUCUCAAACAGAACUGUUCAUGGCUUUUCUCAUGGAGAUAUUAUAAAAUCACUGUUAUAACAUUUAAAAUCACAUUAAAUCAAAGUUUACCAUUUUGUUCAUACAGACAUAUCAGUUUUUACAAUUGACAGAUCAUGAUUAUAAUGAAACCUGAAAAUGACAUAAACUCUUAAAAAGAGAAGACUUGCAAUCAGUUUUGUCAGCUAUCAUUUAUUGCAAAUAUCCAUGUCUGCAACAAAAUGUGUGUGCAUGUAUGUCCUUGUGUGUGUGAGUGUGUGUAAGAAUGCUUAUUGAUUAUUCAUAUGAUAGUUUAACAGUUUCAUUUCUAUGUGUGUGUAUGUCUGUGUCUGUGAGCCUAUUGUCCAUUUUUAAUGUGUUUAACUGUCGGCUAUGCGUCCAGGUUGACCUAGACCCUGCAAUUGUACCGCCUUAAGGCUCGAACCCCGGUAAUCGCUGCUUGCAGCUAUAUUUUGUAUUGUUUUGAUUAUUUAUUCUAGAUUAUUUUCUAAAUCGGAAAAAAUAUUUAUUGGCCAAGUGUGCACACAGAAAGACAGAACAUAAUAAAUGAUUUUAAUUUUUAAGUCUACACAGUUUAUAGAAAUAUACAGACAUCAAAUAAAUACAACUUAUACAUAAAUUUUACAUGUAUUUGUAACUGUAUAUGGCAUGUAUAAAUAAUGAAUAAUAAUUGUGCUGGUAAUUGUUUUAUAUUGUCUAGGAAAGCGAGUUUAUAGACAUUGUGAUGAGUACACAAGCACGACAUGUGCUUCAUGCCCCGUGAUGACCUUCACUAGCGCUCCUAAUGGAUUUACUGAAUGUCUGCACUGUUCUGUCUGUGAUCCAAGUAAUGGUCUGAGAGUAAAGCAUGCGUGCACAUUAAUAUCAGAUACAGUGUGUGAACCUCUGCCAGGUUAUUACUGUGUAGACUUGCUCUCCAACUGUAAAAAGGCCAUGAAACAUUCAUCCUGCUCACCUGGACAAUACAUCAAACAAAACGGAACAGAAUUCAGAGAUACAGUGUGUGAUGACUGUCCUGGCGGUUCAUAUUCAGAUGGUACAUUCUGCAAAUUGCAUACAAACUGUGAAUCUCUUGACAAAUUAACAAUCAAGGAAGGAACCGAUACGGCUGAUGCUGAGUGCAGGAAUAGAGCACGUUCUCAUUUACUAUCACUGAUUCCGUGUGGAGUGUGGUCGCUGUUGUUUACUGUCAUCAUUGUAAUUAUUGUAAAGAAGAAAAAAAAGCAAAAUAGCUAAUUAAAUCCAACCCAAGAUGUGGACCUGUAAACUUUUAUUUAUAUAUAUAUAUAUAUAUAUUAGUAAGUUGCAUAGAUCCCCCAGCAGAUAUUUUAUCAAAGAUUCAGUCAUGUUUAGUGGACUUUUUUUGGGACAAGCUGCACUGGGAACCAAAAAGUGUAUUGAACCUUCCUGAAGAAGGAGGAGGACUUGGACCGGUGCAUCUACAAAGUCGAACAGCUGCUUUCAGAAAUCAGUUCAUACAAAGACUUUUAACAGACUCAAAGAACUCAAACUGGAAGAAGGUGGCCUUCUCUGUUCUGAGAGGGUUUGAAGGCCUGGGAUUGGACAGAGCCUUACUUUGGCUAGAUCCUCAGAAGCUGAAACGCUCUAAGUUUCCUGUUUUUAAUUAAAAUCUUUUUAAAGUGUGGGCCGUGUUCAAGAUCCCAGAG